UUUCGGCCUCUGCGUUUGACUUGGGGUCGUCGCCUCCUCCGCCGGACUCUCCGGGGGUCUUAGGGCCUUACAUUUGGGGGCUCGUCCGGGAUUAGGCGACCCCCUUCAAGCGCUGGGAUCGGUCUUGGAGGUAAGCAGACUCCGGAGUCGUUCAGUGUUUGUCUUGUCCUUUGUUCGUUCUUAGUUUCGGUUUUUCAGGAAGACAGGUUGUCGGCUCCGUAAGGAGUCGGCUCCUCUGGUCGAAGGGGCUUCGGCCAGAAAAACUGUCACCCUGGGGGACGCCCCAGGAACGGGUGGUGACCAAGAGGAGGUCUUGGUCACUUCUGGUUCUGGCUGUCCGGCAACGGGCACUCGCGUGUCCGGCCGGACUAGCAUCAGGGAGGGAUAUCAUCCCUCAGCGGCCGUUCUGUAUCUGGGUAAAUUCUUGUGGAUCCGGUGUCUUGUCGCGUCAUUGUUUGUUCUUUGUUUUUGUCUUUUACUCCUCCUCUCCCAUCCAGGUAACAUGGGCCAAGGAAGCAGCACCCCUCUUUCUCUUACAGUGGCACACUGGACGGAUGUCCGGAGUCGGGGACUCAACCUUUCCGUCAGUGUCAAGAAGGGUCCUUGGCAAACUUUCUGUUCAUCCGACUGGCCAGCCCUAGGCGUGGGAUGGCCAGCAGAUGGGACUUUUGAUCUGUCUAUUAUUUUUGCAGUAAAGAACAAGGUGUUCCAAUCAGGCCCGGCGGGCCAUCCAGACCAGCAGCCGUAUAUUGUCGUCUGGCAGGACCUGGUCCAAAACCCUCCCUCUUGGCUGAAACCCUGGCUGACGUCCGGAACCUCCCGGGUUCUCGUGGCCCAGGCCCCUCCUGCAGAACAGACGAAACGUCCCCUGGCUGACUCUCAAACCGAUCUUCUCCUCUUGGACUCCCCUCCCCCUUACCCCACUCCUCUCCAACCAGAGCCGCCGGAGAGACCAGAGCCCUCAGCGCCCCCCCCCGCUCCUCCGGCAGAGGGACCGGCUCAGGGAACCCGGAGUCAGAGGAGACAUCCCGCGUCUCCGGAUUCGACUGUAGCCUGCCCCCUCCAACCAUACGGGCCUCCGCCCUCUCGCGGGGACGAUGACGAAACGGCUCCGCUUCAGCCACUCCAAUACUGGCCCUUCUCCUCGGCAGACCUCUAUAACUGGAAAACUAACCACCCUCCCUUUUCAGAGGAUCCCCAGCGUCUGACGGGGCUGGUUGAAUCCCUUAUGUUCUCUCACCAGCCCACUUGGGACGACUGUCAGCAGCUUCUCCAGACUCUCUUUACUACAGAGGAAAGGGAGCGGAUUCUUUUGGAGGCCCGGAAGAACGCCCCCGGCCCCGAUGGCCGGCCAACUCUACUCCCUCAUUUGGUGGAUGCGGCCUUUCCUUUGGCCAGGCCGGACUGGGACUUCAACACGGCAGAAGGUAGGGAGCACCUGAAGGUCUACCGCCAGACUCUAGUGGCCGGCCUCAGAGGGGCGGCUCGGCGCCCCACGAAUUUGGCUAAGGUAAGAGAGGUCAUCCAGGGGCCCACUGAACCGCCUUCUGUUUUUCUCGAGCGAUUAAUGGAGGCGUUCAGACGGUACACCCCAUUUGACCCCACCUCGGAGGGACAGAGGGCCUUGGUAGCUAUGGCCUUCAUAGGGCAGUCAGCGCUAGAUAUUAAGAAAAAGCUGCAGAGACUUGAGGGGUUGCAGGACUUUACCCUCCAAGAUUUAGUUAAGGAGGCAGAGAAAGUGUACCACAAGAGGGAGACCGAGGAGGAGAAGGAGCAGCGGAAGGAGAGAGAGAGAGAGGAAAAGGAGGAGAGAAAGGAAAAAAGGGAAGAGCAAAGACUAACCCGUAUCUUGGCCGCAGCAAUAGAAGGGAGUAAGCCACAGGAGAGAGGAAAAGGAAGGCAGGCAGGGGCCCUGGGCAACAGGCCACCGUUAAGGAAGAAUCAAUGUGCUUAUUGCAAGGAAGAAGGACAUUGGAAGCGGGAGUGCCCAAAGAGACUAGCGAAGAAGGCGCUGGCACUCCAGGAAGAUAGUGAUUGAAGAAGUCGGGGCUCGGACCCCCUCCCCGAGCCUAGGGUAACUCUUAAGGUGGAGGGGAAGCCUGUUAACUUCCUGGUGGACACAGGGGCCCAAUAUUCAGUUCUUAAGAAACCGCUAGGACCAGUCUCCCAGAAGACCUCCUGGGUGAUAGGGGCAACGGGAAAUGAGCAAUACUCCUGGACCACCACCCGGACAGUAGAUCUAGGCACGGGAAGAGUGACUCAUUCCUUCUUGGUAAUACCCGAGUGCCCAGCCCCCCUUCUGGGGAGAGACUUGUUAACUAAAAUGGGGGCUCAGAUCACUUUCACCCCCAAGGGGCCUACCCUGACCCAACAUGGGGAGCCAAUUACCCUCUUGACACUUCAGCUCGAAGAUGAGCAUCGGCUGUUUGAGAAUAACGUCCGAGAGGACGAGGGGAUAGCGGAGUGGUUACAGCAAUACCCUGAGGCUUGGGCUGAAACCGCAGGGAUGGGCUUAGCUACCAAACGGCCCCCCGUAAUGGUAGAGCUUAAGUCCACUGCAACCCCGAUUGCAGUACGGCAGUAUCCCAUGGCCAAAGAAGCCUGGAAGGGAAUCAAAGUUCAUGUCCAACGCCUCCUACACCUAGGGGUCCUCGUUAAGUGCCACUCCCCGUGGAACACCCCACUCCUCCCGGUAAAGAAACCUGGAACUGAUGACUACCGACCGGUGCAGGACUUAAGAGAAGUCAACAAGAGGGUACAGGAUAUUCAUCCCACGGUCCCCAAUCCUUACAAUCUCUUGAGCUCUAUCCCUCCGUCCCAUGUGUGGUAUUCAGUUCUAGAUUUAAAAGAUGCCUUCUUCUGCUUGCGACUGCAUCCUGCCAGUCAGAGCAUUUUCGCUUUCGAAUGGAGAGACCCAGAUUCGGGGAUGACAGGGCAGCUGACUUGGACCCGACUUCCCCAGGGAUUCAAAAAUUCCCCCACCAUCUUCGAUGAGGCACUUCAUCAAGACCUGGCUGCUUUCCGCGCUGACCACCCGCAAAUCACCCUUCUCCAGUACGUAGAUGACCUUCUCCUCGCCGGAGCUACUAAGGAGGACUGUAAAGCAGGUACCGGUGCUUUGCUCUUAGAGCUCUCCCGCUUAGGAUACCGGGUCUCGGCCAAGAAAGCCCAGAUAUGUCAGCGGAGAGUAACCUAUUUAGGGUACGCACUAGAGGGGGGAAAGAGGUGGCUCACUGAAGCCCGAAAAAGCACAGUCACCCAGAUUCCCAGGCCACAGACCCCCCGGCAGGUACGCGAGUUCCUGGGGACAGCUGGAUUCUGCCGCCUCUGGAUUCCGGGUUUUGCAACCUUGGCGGAGCCCCUCUACCCGCUGACAAAGCAAGGGAACCCCUUCGAAUGGGGGGAGACUCAUCAGAAAGCCUUUGACAACAUUAAAAAGGCUCUUCUCUCGGCCCCGGCAUUGGCCUUACCAGACGUGGCCAAACCCUUUACCCUGUUCAUAGAUGAGAGGAAAGGGGUAGCCAGAGGGGUCCUAACUCAAACUUUAGGCCCCUGGAAGAGGCCGGUAGCCUAUUUAUCCAAGAGACUAGACCCAGUGGCUAGAGGGUGGCCAGGCUGCUUGAGAGCAAUUGCAGCUACUGCCCUGCUCGUAAGAGAUGCGGACAAACUUACCCUGGGGCAGAAACUGACUGUGGUGGCCCCACACACUCUCGAGAGUGUUAUUCGGCAGCCACCAGACCGGUGGCUAUCCAACGCUCGGAUGACUCACUACCAGAGUCUCCUGCUAAAUGAAGAUCGAAUCCACUUCGGGGCUCCGGUAGUUCUCAACCCAGCAACCCUACUACCGGAAGUAAAUCCUGAGAGCAAAGAAGUCCUACACUCAUGCCGUGACAUUCUGGCAGAGGAAACAGGGCCGAGGAGAGACCUCAGAGAUUCUCCCUUGCCGGAGCCUCAACUCACCUGGUUCACGGACGGAAGCAGCUACCUCCAUGAAGGUAAGAGGGUGGCGGGAGCGGCUGUGGUCAGCAAGGACCGGACUAUUUGGGCUAGUAGCUUGCCCGAAGGGACUUCGGCCCAGAAGGCCGAAUUAAUUGCCCUGACACAGGCUCUCAGGCUGGCAGAGAGCAGCCGGGCCAAUAUUUAUACUGACAGUCGUUAUGCUUUUGCCACUGCUCAUGUGCACGGGGCCAUAUACCGUCAGAGAGGUCUCCUCACUUCAGCAGGAAAGGAGAUUAAGAAUAAAAAGGAAAUCCUCGACCUCCUAGAAGCCGUCCAUGCCCCUCGGGAAGUAGCUAUCAUUCAUUGUCCCGGGCACCAGAAAGGGACCUCGGAAAUAGCUAUAGGCAACAGGAAAGCGGACGCCGAGGCGAGACAGGCAGCUCUCGGACCCCGGCUACUCGCUCUCGCUGCUGGUCCCGCGGUACCACAGCCAGAGACCCUCCACUACACCCUAGAGGAGGAAGAAGACCUGCUUAAAAGGCCAGAAAAGUACCAUAAGGACAAACUCGGGGUGUGGAGGACCACAAGGGAAAAGAUGGUAGUACCAAGGGAGGCAGCCACUGCCUACCUCCAACAACUGCACCGCCUUACUCACCUGGGGGCCAAACACCUCAGCUCCACCAGCCGGGCAACUGGACACUAUGUCAAAGGACUUGAUCGCCUUUCAGAAGAAGUAGUUAAGCAAUGCAAGGCGUGUCAGCUGGUGAACAUACAUUCAUCCCAGGUCGGGACCGGACAGAGACUCAGGGGAGACCGGCCCGGGAGUUACUGGGAGGUAGAUUUUACAGAGGUGAAGCCCGCCCGAUACGGUUAUAAAUAUCUCUUAGUUUUCAUAGAUACCUUCUCAGGUUGGGUAGAAGCCUUCCCUACCAAAAGAGAAACUGCAACCGUGGUCGCCAAGAAGAUCUUAGAAGACAUCUUUCCGCGGUUUGGAAUUCCUAAGGUAAUUGGAUCAGACAACGGUCCGGCUUUCGUUGCCCAGGUAAGUCAGGGAAUGGCCAAGAUACUAGGGGCGGAUUGGAAAUUGCAUUGUGCUUACAGGCCCCAGAGUUCAGGUCAGGUAGAAAGAAUGAAUAGGACAUUAAAAGAGGCUAUGACUAAAUUAUCCUUAGAGACUGGCGUGGCGGACUGGACGGUCCUCCUUCCCUUUGCCCUUUUCCGCGCGCGAAACACCCCAGGCCCCUUGGGGGUGACACCAUUCGAGGUUCUGUUUGGGGCCCCUCCGCCCCUAGCCGCUGACCCUUGGUCUGUGCCCACAGAUACUCACACCCCUCAAUCCCUGCUUGCCAGGCUGAAGGCCCUCGAGACUGUCCAGAAGGAGGUGUGGACUCCCCUGGCUGCCCUCUACCAACCGGGGGAGUUGCAGGUCCCCCACCAGUUCCAGGUCGGAGACUUCGUCUACAUCAGACGCCAUCGAGCUGCUAAUCUCGAGCCGAGGUGGAAAGGACCCCAUCUGGUAUUGCUGACAACCCCGACAGCGGUCAAGGUAGACGGCGUAGCCGCUUGGAUCCACGCCUCCCACGUUAAGCGAGCACCUCCACCAGAUGAUGACGGCCAUGGAUGGACUGUGGAGAAAACUGACAACCCUCUCAAGCUGCGGAUUCACCACCGCCCUCCUCCUCUUGCUGAGCCUGCCACUGAUAAGUAGCAACCCCCAUGCCCCAAAGAGACUAACCUGGAGGGUGCUGUCCCCCCAUACUGGGCAGACGGCUUGGUCAAUCACCAAUAUUGCACCUAAAGGGACAUGGUGGCCGGACCUAACGCCGGACCUCUGUGCCAUGGCAGCCGGACAUAGACUAUGGGACCUCCCAUAUGAAUCGGUAGAGGAAACCAAGUCAGGUGUAGAGUCCCGAACUUACAUAGGAAAGGGAAAAGAUGGCUAUCCUAGACUCUGCAGUUAUUCCGAAGCCCGCGAGGCUCUUUCGGAGUCCCAAUUCUAUGUGUGCCCCAAAGAUAGGCAGGGACACGGGAAAAAUUGUGGAUCUGAACAUGAAUACUUUUGUGCAGAAUGGGGGUGUGAGACAACUGGUACUGCAUAUUGGAUCAAAGAGCCCCCUGCAUGGGAUCUCAUCCAAGUUCAGAGAAAUAAGAGCAAAUCCUCCGGUCAUAGGGGAUGGAUUAAUACUCUAAAUAUCUCUUUUACCCCAGCUGGCCGGUCAUAUGAGCUAAACAAAUGGCGCUGGGGACUAACAUGGGGGCUACGGUUGUAUGAUAAGACCCGGAAAUAUGAUGGCUUCCUUUUUAAGAUAAAAUUAGAUGUAGACGAUUACAGACCACCAGUUGCAGUAGGUCCCAACCCCGUCUUGUCCAGCCGGCAGCUCCCCACGAAAGGAAAGCCUUUUACCACUACUCCAGUGGCAGAGACCAGCCCAGCCUCCUGGGAGGAACUGGCCGGCCCCAUAGACCCGGAGGUAAACUCUGGUCAGAGACUGUUAGGCUUAGUGGAGGGGGCCUUUAGUUCUUUAAAUAUGUCCAGGUCUAACCUAACUGAGUCUUGCUGGCUCUGCUUAACUAUAAGGCCCCCCUACUAUGAAGGAAUAGCCUUCCGGGGAAACUAUACCAACACCACAAGCCACGACCAUUGUUCAUGGGGACAGCAGGGGAAGCUGACCCUUACUGAGGUCUCGGGGCAAGGCACAUGUAUAGGACAAGUGCCAAAAGACCGCCAGCAUCUCUGCAGCGAGAACUUAGCAUACCCUUCUCCCGCAAGCUAUUACUUAGU